GGGGGGAGGAAGCCGGCGGCUCGACCCCCCCUAGCUUUGGGUGCAGACUUUACCUGAGCAGAGAAUUUAGCGGAGGAAAAAAAAGGGGAGAACCGAGCUGGGCUCGGCGAGGCGGUUCUGGAAAGGGGGAGUCGGCAAAGUUUGGGGCGGGCGCGUGUUGUCCGGGAGUGCCUGGAGGCGGGCGAACGAGGAGGCUCUGCGGGGGUGCAGAUGGCUACCCAGGUGGAAGCUCUACUGCCCGCCAACCCGCUCCUGCCUGCCGAGGAACACGGGCUGGUUAUCAAGAAGCCUCAAGAGAAGGGCGAGCACCUCAUGCACCAAGGAGAGAAGGCCAACGCCGAUGAGGGCAAGGGGGGCGGCCCCGACAGCUGCAGCAAGGAAGAAGGCGGCGGCGGCGGCAACGUGGGAGACCAUCUGCGCCGAAACGGGGCCCUGCUGAAGCCCCCCAGCAUCAAACAGCAGAAGGAGGACAGCAACCAUCAGGAGAAGGAGAACCUGCUGCACCAAAGGAGCAGCAUAAUAGAGUCAAACCGGCUGCCCGGAGAAGCCAGCAGCAGCAGCAGCAGCGGCGGCGAGGAAGGCGGCGAGCAGGGAGGAGUUGGCCGCAAGGAAUUCAUCGAGGCCCCUCCACCCAAGGUGAACCCUUGGACUAAAAACGCCCCGGCGGCGUUAGUCACUCUCAACGGACAGUCCCCUCCAGAACAUUCAACUCCAGCCAAAGUGGUGAAAGCAGCAAACCUAAGGCAGAGGAAAGGAAGCAAGGUUGGUGACUUUGGGGAUGCCACAAAUUGGCCAACGCCAGGAGAAAUAGCUCACAAGAGUAUACAGCAGUUGUCACAAAAAUCCCAAUCUCUACGGAAACUUCAUAUUAAGAAAAAUAUGAGGGAGCAGGAGAAAGGGGAAGGAAGUGAUGGCAAGGAGAACAUGAAAACUCGAUCCGAUGAAUCAGGAGAAGAGAAAAAUGGAGAUGAUGACAACCAGAAAUUGGCUCAAAAGAAAAAAGGCAGUAGACACAAAUGGGUACCCCUGCAAAUAGAUAUGAAGUCUGAAGUGCCAAGGGAUAAAACCGCUUCUCGUAACAACAGACAGAAUGAGCAGCACCGGCAUCCUUCCAACAACCGAAGUGAAUCAAAAGGAUGGCAUUUAGAUAACAAGCAUGAACGGAAUUGGCCUGAUCAUGAUGAAACUUCUAGUGUUAAAAGUGAUGGGGCAACUGUUCGUGGUGCUUUCAGGGGCAGAGGACGUGGCCGGGGACGAGGGAGAGGGAGAGGAAGAGGAGGUACUCGCUCUCACUUUGAUUAUCAUUAUGGAUAUCGGAAAUUUGAUGCUUCUGAUGGCACACGUACACAGAAAUACACUAGUAAUAUCACUUAUUACUUUGAUAACAUCAGUAGCACUGAGCUGUACAGUGUUGACCAAGAACUGCUCAAAGACUACAUCAAACGACAGAUAGAAUACUACUUCAGUGUCGACAACUUGGAAAGAGACUUUUUCUUGAGGCGGAAAAUGGACACUGAAGGUUUCCUUCCCAUCACUCUCAUUGCCAGUUUCCAUCGGGUACAAGCCCUAACCACAGAUGUUGGCCUUAUUAUUAAGGCAUUAAAAGACAGCAAAGUGGUGGAGAUUGUGGACCAGAAAAUCAGGAGAAAAGAAGAACCAGAGAAAUGGCCUUUGCCUGGCCCUCCCAUGGCAGACUAUGCACAAACAGACUUCUCUCAGCUAAUUAACUGCCCAGAAUUUGUGCCCAGGCAGAACUUCCAAAAAGAGACAGAAUCUGCUCCUGGUUCUCCCCGCUCUGCUAGUCCCAUGCCAAGCAAGACAGAGGAAGUUACUAAUUUGAAGACAAUGCCUAAAGGUCUUUCUGCCAGCUUGCCUGACUUGGACUCAGAGGCAUGGAUUGAAGUGAAGAAGAGGCCUAGACCAUCUCCCAUCAGACCCAAGAAAACAGAAGAGUCUAGAACACCACUGAAGCAGAAGGAUCAGGAUGAGCCAGAGGAGUUGGACUUCCUUUUUGAUGAGGAAAUGGAACAGAUGGAUGGUCGUAAAAACACCUUCACUGAUUGGUCAGAUGAAGAUUCAGACUAUGAGAUUGAUGACAGGGACGUGAAUAAAAUUUUGAUUGUAACACAAACACCCCCCUAUCUACGCCGUCAUCCAGGGGGAGACAGAACAGGCAACCACACUUCCAGGGCAAAGAUGAGCUCAGAAUUGGCCAAAGUGAUCAAUGAUGGACUAUACUACUAUGAACAGGACCUAUGGACAGAACAGUUUGAACCAGAAUAUUCUCAGAUAAAGCAAGAAGUAGAAAACUUCAAGAAGGUGAAUAUGAUCAGCAGAGAGCAGUUUGACACACUUACCCCUGAGCCUCCUGUUGAUCCAAAUCAAGAAGUUCCCCCAGGACCACCCAGGUUCCAGCAAGUUCCAACUGAUGCUCUGGCAAAUAAACUCUUUGGUGUGCCUGAACCUUCAACCAUUGCCCGAUCUUUGCCAACAACUGUUCCAGAAUCCCCAAACUAUCGCAAUGCAAGAACUCCUCGGACCCCUCGUACACCUCAACUGAAAGACCCCACACAGACACCUCGGUUUUACCCAGUGGUUAAAGAAGGCAGAUUGAUAGACGCCAAGACACCCCGGAAAAGGAAAACACGGCACAGUUCAAAUCCCCCAAUGGAAUGUCAUGUUGGUUGGGUGAUGGAUUCUCGGGAGCAUAGACCUCGAACAGCAUCCAUCAGUUCCAGUCCUUCAGAAGGCACCCCAGCUAUCGGCAGCUAUGGCUGCACCCCACAGUCAUUGCCUAAGUUCCAGCAUCCUUCCCAUGAACUCCUGAAAGAAAAUGGCUUCACACAACAUGUCUACCACAAGUAUCGCCGGCGCUGCCUUAAUGAACGGAAACGACUGGGCAUUGGCCAGUCCCAAGAAAUGAAUACUCUCUUUAGAUUCUGGUCAUUUUUCCUUCGGGAUCACUUUAACAAGAAAAUGUAUGAGGAAUUUAAGCAACUGGCUCUGGAGGAUGCAAAGGAAGGGUACAGGUAUGGACUGGAGUGCCUGUUCAGAUAUUACAGUUACGGACUGGAGAAAAAAUUCCGGCCUGACAUAUUUAAAGAUUUCCAAGAAGAAACUAUAAAAGAUUUUGAGGCUGGCCAGCUUUAUGGGCUUGAAAAAUUUUGGGCCUUCUUAAAAUAUUCCAAAGCCAAAAACCUGGACAUUGACAGCAAAUUGCAAGAAUACCUCAGCAAAUUCCGCCGCCUUGAAGACUUCAGAGUUGAUCCUCCUAUAGGGGAAGAAGGUAGCCACAAGAGAUAUGCUGCAACCAUAGGAGUAGAUGGAAGGAAGCGAUACCCAUCUCAGUCUUCUAGCAAGGCUGUUGGCCAUACUCCAUCCAGUCAAAUGUCUGCCUCAUCCAGCCAAGUCCCCAACUCAUCAAGCCAGGAAGAUGCCAAAAGCCUGAGCCAGCCACAUGCAGUUUCCACAGCCACAGUGGAAACCCAAACAGUGGGGAAGUAGACAUAUUAGAACUACCAGUGGAAAAGGGGGCAGGGAGUUGGAAUGUCAAAGUCCAAGACCAGGCUGCUUUCGAGAGGUGGGGCUAAACAGUGCAUAUGAUUUUUCUUGUUGGCUGGAAAAACAAGAUGAUCCAAGUUGAAUGCAUCUUUUUCCUCGCUGUGAUUAAGUCAUUGAUUGGAGCCAGACCUUCACAUUUUCAUGUCUUAGCGCCUUUCAAGGGUUAGGUUGGGUUGGGAAAGGGGAGAUUUUUAUAAAUAUAAAUAUUAUAUAUAUAUUAUAUAUAUAUAUCAAGUUUUAAAUUAUUGAUAGAAGUUCGUUUGGAUAAACCAAAAUUACUCUGCAUCAUGCAGCCUCACAAUCCAGCUCCUUCUCCUCCCUCUGAACACUUAACAACUAUGCAGCCCACUUGGUAAGCUGGAAGUUUGGACCGAACAAUGUAGUGUUAUUUGGAGAACUAGCCUUUGGCUUUCCAAGUUCAGCAGGCAUCGCCCCUUCUGGAUAUAGCAAUGCACAAGAGGAGUCUCUGCUACUAUCACCACCACUUCUGUUGUGGCUCUCUCUAUGCUGCUCAUCUUUUCCAUCAGACACCUACGACUGGAAAUGAACCAAAGGACCCUGGCUGAAAGUGGGCCCACUUACAUUAGGCUUGCCCAGUUCUUUUGCGUGAUGGGUAGAACAUAAACUUGCACAGUGUCUCCCCUCGCAUAGGAAUGCUUAUAAGACUUGGCUAAAACAGCUUUCACUUAAAAAAAAAAACACAAAACACAAAAAACUUGUUUAAAAAAAAAUCUUGUUUCUUUUGCUUCCUUCCUUCAAAAUUAAUAAGUUGCCUUAUUGUGGAGUUGGGAACUUGUAGGCAUCCCUGACUUGAGCAUUUUGGGAAAUGGCAUCUCUUUGGGAAUCAGCCAGACUGUGAUAUAUUUGUUUCCUGUUCAGUGACUCUUGUCUGCAGUAGCUGAUGACUGUCUUCCCUUUAACCCAGCUGUGAUCCGCAUCAACUGGAACAAUAUUGUUGAGAUCUAGCUGAAUGUUGGUUCACGCCACACGAACAGCUUCUCUCCAGAGCAGGGGGAUACUGGGGCACUUCAGCCUGCAACUUCUGCUGUUGUGUAGUUGAUGCUGAUGUAUGUGUAUCAACUGUUUUAGUGUCCUUUCUGCUACAACUGCAUCUGCCAUUGCUUCACUUCGACUUCCAGGUGCACCGCCAUUUUUCUCUCUCCCACCAGGACAGGACAGGAUCUCAUUUGUUGUUUCAUGAAAACUUCCUAUUCCAGGAUAGGCAGGCAGUUGCACCAGGAAAAGGGUAAUACACAGAGUGAGGAUCUAAAGGCAUACAUCCUUGCUUUUCAUCCAUGUGGUUGAAGAAUGUAUGCACAGGAAAACAGCUUUAUCCUAAGCAAAGUAGGAUUUUUAUGUCCAAUCAUUUCUGAAUUCGAGGUAGCUUACUCGUGUUGAUUACUUGCACAGCCUUCUGUGUUUUUUCUAAUAAUAGCUAUGAUAAUCUGCCUCCCUUCCCUGGAACGACCAUGUAGCCAAGGAUGCUGCUGUUUUGACUGUUGGCUAGUUGCAACCAUCACACGUACAGACAAAAAAAAAAAAAUCACUUCAUGAAUUGGAACCACAUCUGCUAUGUCACACCACUUUAUACAAAGCACCAAGCUUACCUUGGCUGCUAUUGGGCUAACUGCUGGAACUUUCAGAGGCUAUUCGCAUGGCUGAAAUUAUGUAGAAAACAGCUGUCCUGAACUAUUGGUGUGAACAGCAGAGAAGGAAAUAGAUGCUAUAUCAUGUUUCUGACAACCUGGUUUGUUUCUCCCUGCAUUUUGUUAACUUUCCUAAUGUACUAUUGGUGUUCUGCAGAAAAAUCAGCAAGGGGAGGAAGGUCAAUAUGCCACUCCUGCUUACCAUAUAGCUCCAAAAGGGGAUAAAUGGUAAUAAAAGGGUGCAAUACUGUUUAUGUGAUCCUAUGUACUAUGGCUUAAGUUAAAACAGUCCUCUUCUUCCCCCUCCUCGGUAAAGCAUGUGCAGAGGGCCUUUCUGUAAUGCUGAGAAUUGAUAUCCUCCAUUCCUUGCACCUCAUACAUGUAGAAAAAAAGUAACACCUUUUCUGUGAAUUCUUCUGCCAGAACUGUCAGAUAUCUUGGCUAUUUCCACAUUUUAGAGUUCAUGUUUCAGGUGUAUCCUUGAUAUUAAUGUGCUGGAAAGUACUUUUGUGAGACAAUAACAGACCUUAAGUUCCUGCAGUUAGUCGUUUGGAGCAGAUAAGCGUUAAUUUAGUGUUUCAGGGAGUGUGAUAUUAGGGCGGUUCAUUGAUUUAUAACUUCUUGUGGAUGGUUUGGUACUAAAUACGUAGAUAACUAAGGAGAUGGGACUUUCUGCCUAGGGUUAGUGCUGCCUGAUGUUACUGUUUUUAGCUGUAUCAAGCUUGCUUUAAUGGGAAUUUGCCACAGAGUAUUCAUGAGUGAUAGUGCAAUGGCCACAUAAAGCACACCCUAUGGUUCUAGCAUGACUGAAUAGCAUCGGGGUAUUGCUUGCUUUCUUUGCUGUGUCACUUGUUAUAACAAACCUUCAUCUUGUCAUUAAGGCAUGAGAAAUGAAAAUGAGCAUUCCACUAUUUUCACCAGAUACAAUUAUAUUGUGAUAUUGCAGAGUAUGCUGCAUUAGGAGAACCGUGCUAAAAUGGAACUAACAGUUGGGAAUAUCGUGGCCAUUUCAUGAAUUGGCUGAAAGCCUUAUUAUCCCAGGAUUUAAAUUUGCAGUUAAGCAGAUGGACUGGAAUGCCUGUAUUUUCAUUAGGACUAUUGCAACUAUAAGAUAUGCUGCCAUGUAGUGUUCAUCAGUAAUUUUUGCCAUGCAAACCUUGUAAACCUAAGUAUAGUUGCAACAUGAAAUAAAACAUACCUUUGGGAACUAUGAGAUAGAAUCAAGUGCUUACGUGUAUCCAAAACCAAAUGGAUAUUUGUUCAAAAGCAAUUCUGGACAUUUAUUCUGGUUAACCCUGAAGAAUUGGGCUCUUCUGAAUGCGAACGCUGCUAUGUGUGGCUAUACAAACAUCACUUUUUGCAAAUUUAAGAUGAGCACUAAGGCAAUAGUAGAUUGUAGGAGAAGAAAAAUAACUAAUGAUUAAAAACCUGCGAUACCUGUAAGAGUGAAAGAACCUGUAAGGAUGCCACAUGAUUUUUAUCAAUCUGACAACAUUACAGGUUGGACUGUAUAAAUGUUUACUGGUUGAGAGAAGUUAUUUAUCGCUGAAAGAAGGUUUGGGAAGAUUUACUGAUGACAGGCACUUGCACCAGCUUAGACAGACAUCGGUAGAAUAUGUUGUAGUCAUGUAAUUAUAGGCUACCCAUAAGUCAGAAGGCAUCACAUCAAUCCUAUAAAUAGAAGAGAU